CCUCUACUGGUGGUCGAGGUUAAAGAUGGCUGUAGUUUCCUGUGGUUAAAAAAUGAAUCCCGUUUUCACUCCGCCGCUUCACCUGCAAAGACAUCAGUUUGUCGUCGAUUUUGUCAGAAAAACCAAGCCUAAAAAGGUAGCUGACUUGGGCUGCGGUGAAUGCAAGCUCCUGAAACAGCUCAAGUUUCAUCGCAGCAUCGAGCUGCUGGUCGGCGUGGACAUCAACGGUGCAAAAAUCAAGAAACACGUGCAUGGAUUAGCUCCUCUGUCAACUGACUACCUCCAGCCUACCAACCACCAGCUUCAUGUAGAGCUAUACCAAGGCUCAGUCACACAAAGAGAUGCUCGCCUCAGAGGAUUCGAUUUAGUGACCAGCAUGGAACUCAUAGAGCAUCUCACUUUACCUGAUGUGGAGCACUUCUCAUCUGUGGUCUUUGGAUACAUGAGUCCAGCAAGUGUUAUCAUCAGCACCCCAAACUCAGAAUUCAACAGGCUUCUGCCUGGACUGACUGGUUUCAGAAACUAUGAUCACAAGUUUGAGUGGAACAGAUCCCAGUUCAGAUCCUGGGCUGUUAAAGUGUGUUUGGAUCACGGCUACGAGGUAGAAUUUACUGGUGUUGGAGAACCUCCCCAGAACCAACUGGAAAGUGUCGGUUUCUGCACCCAGAUUGGUGUGUUUCAUCGUCUCAAGGGCAGCAGUCAUGGCAAUGUGUUACCUGGCAGUGAAGAUGAGGUGUUUUCCUACACAUCAGUGUACUCUAUAAACUACCCCAGUCUGCAUGACAACAACACUUUGUGCAAAGUCUUAAUGAGCGAGGUGUUAUACUGGGCACAUCAAAUGACGAACAGCUGGAUGGCGGAAAAGACUGGAAGGCCAAACGGUGAUUUACCACACCGUGAGUCUGAACAAGGAGAGCUGGAGGAAUGGCUUUCAGAAUCCCAGAAACAAAGAGCAUGUACAGGAGGUUUGGCUUGUUCUGUGGAUUAUUUUGGCCGAGGUGAGGAGCAGGAAUGUGGCAAGCUGCCACAACAACAAAGGUCUGCUACAUUCAACAGAUUCGUCUUGGUGCCUCUGGAUGGGUUGUGGUCCUGCUGUCCUAAAAUCCGAGAACUAAGUGGAAGUGUGGAAAAUCUCAAACAGCUAUUGAUGGAUCAGCCCCAGGUUAACCUCAGUCAGGAUGGCUCAUCUCUACUUGUGAAAUGUGAAGAACAAGAUCCAGAACAGGUUGAUUGUGAUUUGGAGGAUGAUAAGGGUACCAGGGCCGUCCCGGUUUCUUGUCCAGCUGAACCGGAGGAAGACUGGGAAGCAGAUAUUUGAUUUGGAAGAUGUUUUGACCCCAGAAGUUGUAAAUCUUAUCAGAUCUACC